AUGAAGCCUCAUGCUUCUUCUCAACGCUUCCCUACCGUUCAUUGGAUCUGGAAAGGCGGCAUCUCAUUCACCUACGAAGUCCAUCCUCGCAUCGUAGUCAAAGUCCCCGAGUCCGAACAAGAGAACAGGGAGCGAUUCAAGCAAGAGCUGGCAAUAUAUCGAACAUUCUCUCAGAAUGGACCCUGCCCAUACAUCAUUCAGUACUAUCACCUUUCCGACGACGGCAUAUUUCUCGAGUACAUGAGAGACGGAUCACUCUUUUACCGAAUCCAGCAGAACCAAAUACGCGACGAGAAAACCAACCUGGCUGCCAAAGUGAAAAAGUUGGAACCUCUUCUCCUGAGAUUACAAUGGAUGAACCAUCUCACCCAGGCAGUCGCGUACCUGGAAUCUCUGAAUCUGGCUCAUGGCGACCUCCGCCCUGAAAACAUCUUACUUGAUCGGAACCGACUGAAGUUAUCUGAUUUUGAUUGCACGGCAGAAUUUGGAAAUCAUCAUGAAGCUUGCAUUGCUCCGUACGGCAGAUUCCUCAACUGCCAAGAGGGGGACCUAGGGGCAUGUGGAUCUGCUGGCUCUCUUGGACCCCGGACUGAGCAGUUUGCGCUGGGCUCUGUGUUCUAUCUCAUCAAUUAUGGCUUUGAAGUUUACGGGGAUCGAUGUCUCUUUGAGGAUCCUCAUGAGCAUGGCCUGAAAGUUGUGGAGCUAUUGCAGGAUAUGGUUUUUCCAGAGUUGAAGGGCGGACCUAUUGACGAUAUCAUUGACAAGUGUUGGCAUAAUGGAUAUGCUACAAUCGCGGAAUUGGGUACAUUUACCGAGCGGCUGUUCAAUGAAGAGAAUGACCGGGAACAUGCCUCUGAGUUUACUGACAGCGAGGAUCAAAGUCACACGGUGGAAGAUGAUCUUUCGAAAAAGACGCUCUGUCAGGAACUGGAGAAAGAUGGACUUCUUCGCCUACUUUGUUCUGGAGACCCCGAGGAACUUGGAUUCAAGUUGGAGUGGUAUCGACAUGCUUCAUGA